UACUGCACACACUCUCGACAGGAUGUCGAACACAAGGGGGGUUUCUCUGUCACGACGAGAGCCGUCAACAGAGAGGGGGUGACGACGUCUCACGACAGAAGGAGGAACCGUAUUUCAAAAGGCUCGGCCCGCGAGACACGCAAAAGCCAGCGAUGAAGUCCGACAGCAGCAGACAGCAAAGCAAGGAGAGGAAGGACCGGGCGAGCCUCACCAGGUCCGGCUCUCACGAGAAUGUCGGUCAGAAGAGUAAGACAACAUCCAGCAACAUCUCGCCGGAGACGGCUCAGCGAUGGAGCGACUCGUUUGAAGAGCUGAUGAAAAAUGCAGACGGGGUGGAAACGUUUUCUCAGUUCCUCCGCACCGAGUUCAGCGAGGAGAACUUGGAGUUCUGGCUGGCGUGUGAAGAAUUCAAGGCGUACGACUCCGACACGAACCUGCUGUCCAGGGCCGAGCAUAUUUACAACGUUUUCAUUGAGUCGGACUCGCCUAAAGAGGUCAACAUUGACUACACAACCAAGAUGGCCAUCCGGACGAAUUUAGCGCAGCCCACCAGGAGCUGUUUUGAGACCGCCCAGAUGAAAGUCUACAGCCUGAUGAAAAAAGACUCUUAUCCCAGAUUCCUGCACUCGGACCUUUAUUUGCGCCUGAGCGGCCGGAGAAUGUUCCGCAGAAGGUCACGGUCCUGUGUGUUCAACGAGCGGGCCAGCGGUACCGCCAAGCCUACGUCCUGGUAGCAAUAACAUUCCAGACAUAGCCGCUCACUCGUAAAAACGAUUAUCACAUCGGUGAUAAUCAGCGGCGGGUUGUAGAAUUUUAAUUGCAUAAUUUGUGUUUGAGAUGGUAAUCAUCCAAUGUGUGCGCGAAAUGAAUAAUUUUCUUUUUACAAUCACAGCGGAUUAUUCAACUAACAUUGGAGCCUGGUGACAAGCCAUUGAUCUGCACAAAUGGGGGAUAUUUUGAGGAAUAUGCCAAUUUAAUUAGAUACUACCACAAUGUAGUACAUGUAUUGAUUUGGCUCCGGUCCUCCUCUGUUAACCAACAGAGAUCAUAAUCCCCACUAAAGCCAUCAAUGGACGCUAUCGCACCUCAUAAAUCAAAGUGUCCUAAUUAGUGUUCACUUUAAUAGCUUGACUUCCAAAUGUAUUGCUGACCCACAUUUGGACUUUGGGUGCGUGUGUGUGUGUGUGUGUGUGUGUGUGUGUGUGUGUGUGUGUGUGUGUGUGUGUGUGUGUAUUUUGCAAUUGACCCCUCCGUGGAUAUUGCGCAAUCCGCGUCACUGACCAAUCAGAGGCCAGAGAUCAGCAUAGACCAAACCCCGUUUUUGCUCCCGCCAUUUUCUCAGACAACAUUGCAUGGUCCAGUAUAGGUUUAGUUAGCGUUUUAUCGCGUAUUUGGGUUAUUUAACAAAAAAUAUGGUUAAGAGGUGUAGUCACUGACUUUGGAAUAGUGACGACAGGUAUCCCGAAAGGCUAGUUGGUGGAGUUCGAUUCGUACCCUUUCCAAAACCGAAGACCCAGUACGAAAAAUGCCUUCGAUGGGUCAAACUUUGUGGAAGACCGCAUCAUCAACUAAAUCCGUCUAAUAUCAACCGGAACACAUGUUUGCACGAAGGUAUGCCCUAUAUUUGAUUUUCAAUACAUGUCUCGUAUAAAUGAAUUCGAAGUUCUUCGCUAGCAUAACACUGCUGCGUGUGAACGAUUGACACACUUAUUCUUUGUUGAGCGAUAUUUAGCGAUGAUCGGACUACACAAACGUAUUGAUUUCUUGCUGGCUCGCGGCCAGAAGCUUAACCAGACGGUGUUUGCACGAAGAUAUGCCCUAAAUUUGAUUUUUAAUACACGUAUCGUAUAAAUGAAUGAGACGUUCUCCGCUAGCAUAACAUUGCUACGUGUGAACGAUUGACACACUUAUUCUUUGUUGAGCGAUAUUUAGCGAUGGUCGGACUGCACAAACGUAUUGAUUUCUUGCUGGCUCGCGACCGAAGCUUAACCAGACUGUGCUUGCACGAAGAUAUGCCCUAAAUUUGAUUUUUAAUACACGUCUCGUAUAAAUGAAUGAGACGUUCUCCACUAGCAUAACAUUGCUACGUGUGAAUGAUUGAAUGAAAUCAGAAGCAUGGCGUCUCUCUCAUUUAAGAAUGUAUUGUAUUUAGAAUCUAGAAUAUUUCGUUGAUUUGAAUGAAAUCAGAAGCAUGGAGUCUGUCUCAGUUGUAUUUGCCAUUUUUACUGUUUGUCUUAGUCAGCGCACGUAGCGUGACGUCACUUCAGGAGGCGUGGUUAAGUGCCCUGUACGGAGGGGUCAGUUGUUGUAGACCUUGAACCUACAAACACGUAGACAUGAGCCAACCCUUUCUUGGAGUUUAUUGAGUUCUUUGCAGGACUGACGCCAUACUGAAUAGUAUGACUUUAUUUUUUUUUUUUUUUUGAGACCAAUAAUACCUGACAUUGUAGUUUUCCUCCAGUACUGUUGAUAUCAAGAGCCAGCAUGUGUACAGAUAGCGAUUAUGUAUUGUUAACUUGGAUUAAGUUUUUGUGAAAUAUUGAUCUCGCUCUUCCUUCUGCACAAUAUAACCAGUUUUGACUAUUAUUUCACCAAGAGGUUCUCCUUUAAAAAAAAAAAAAAAAAAAGUAUCACCUUCAAAAAAUAUUUAGUUAUCAUAAUGACCAACAUUAAAAUACUGCUGCUUUGUUGAAUGAGAAUUUGGGCUAAAAAGUGUACUUAAUAUUCUGGGGAUGGUAGCCACUGUAACAUUACCUUGAGAAUUGAAAAGCUGAAAUAAUGUCAUCCAUGCAUUUUCUUUGCCACUUAUCCUCACGAGGGUCACGGGGCGUGCUGGAGCCUAUCCCAGCUGUCAACGGGCAGGAGGCAGGGCACACCCUGAACUGGUUUCCAGCCAAUCGCAGGGCACAUGGAGACAAUCAGCCGCAUUCACAAUCACACCUCGGGGCAAUUUAGAGUGUCCGAUGAAUGUUGCAUGUUUUGGGGAUGUGGGAGGAAACCGGAGUGGCCAGAGAAAACCCACGCAGGCACGGGGAGAACACGCAAAAUCUACACAGGCGGGACCGGGAUCUAACCCGGGACCUCAGAACUGUGAGGCCAACGCUUUCCAGCUGCUCCACCGUCCCGCCCCUUAAGAAUUAAAAAGCUCAAAGAAUGAUUCCGUUCAAAUUUAUUGCACAUGGAAUCUGAGAUAAAAAAAAAUGUUCUCAAUUGUUUUAAAACAAACGUUUCUUAAUGAUUUCAUGCAAAUGCAUCGUACUUUUAAAUGCAAACUGAACUGGAUUCAAAUUAAUCUUGAAUUUUCUGUGUUGGACAUUUAAUUUUAUGAUUGUUUCGCUAGAGGGAGCCUGCGCACCACACUUUGACUACCCCUGAUACCGUGUACUGUACGCGACAUGUUACUCAAUGCAGUUCAAUGUUGUAGUGACAGAUUAAAAAUAAUAAUGAUAAUAAUAAUACAGCCGUCAGGAGGUACCAAAUCAGUGAUUCGGCGUCACUAAAGAUUGUGAAAUUGUGUCCAGAACACAGAUGUACAAAUGAUCCAUCUUUGCACCAAUACCGUAGAGGGGUUUACUAUAGCUAGUAGUAACAAAUAUGUAUUCCAUAUAAAGUAGCAUCUUUGAAAAUGAAAAUGUUAUUAAUACGUUAAGAACAAAAUGUCUCCAAAUUGAUACAAGGGAGACUGUUGCUUCAAGCUGAUUUUGAGGGUUUUUUUUUUUUUCUGCAAAGGCUGAAAGUUUUAAAAGAUUUUGAUAUAAUGAAAUGAAACAAACAUGGCUGUGGUUUAAUUUUUUUCCAUUGGCUGGUUAGGAACCGUCGUUUUCGAAGACACAUUUCAAAGUCGUUACUGUGUCUCCAAAAUGAAGGACUCGCUGUAUUCGGAAAAUACAGUACCAGGCCGACAUAAA